GCCAGGGCACACCCAAUGGAACGGGCAAGACGAGGACGUGCCGCUGCCGGGUUCCUCGUCCUCCUCACGCUCCUCUGUUCAUCGCUGCUCCUCAACGCGCUCUUCCUCGCGCACUACAUCCUGUCGCCGUCCCACGGGCUGAGCUGGGCGCUGCGGGCGGCCAGGGAGGCCGAGGCGGUGGCCGCCGUCGACUGCUCGGGCCACGGGCAGGUGUUCCUGGAUGGCGUCGCCGGCGAGGACGGGCGGCCCGGGUGCGAGUGCAACGCCUGCUUCGCCGGGCCGGACUGCCCUCUCCGCACGCCCGACUACAGAUGAUGAAGAGCUUUUGCAACACCAUCAUGAUCUUGAUGGAUCUGUGUUUGCUGGAGGGCAACAACAACUUAUCAGUCCAGAUAAUUAUCUCAU